AUGGCAUUCGGCUUUGGCAACCCAGGAAGUGGUAGUCUUGGUAGUGGCUCUACAGGUGCAACAGGUCGCAGUGCAGAACUAGGCCCAGAGCUCGAGGACAUACAAACAACGGCAUUAAACUUUCGAGCUCUUGCAGGCGAAUCGAAGGUGCAAUUACUCCCUUCAAUAUGGCCAACCGACAACCCUCCUCCCCCAACAUCCUCGCUGAUGAGCAUAUCUUCCCGUCGUGGAUUGCUUGCAGCCGCUGGUCCAGAUGCUAUAGUAGUUGCGAGAACCGAAUCUGUGCGGAAGGCAUUUGAGACACCUGGUACUGGCAACUUCAAACCCUUCCAGCCUGAACUCAGAAUUCCUAUGCCCAUGAGGGUAUCACAGCUUGCGUUUUCAGCGGACGAUACUUAUUUGGUUAUAUCUGCGGAAACGGGUGGUGGAUUGGCAGUUUACGAAGUUGAUGCCCUACUUAAUGGGUCUACCCAAACAGCCUUCGAAGUACCUACAAACGGAGAAUCUUUGAGAGCUCUUGUGCCAAAUCCUACGAGGGACAAAGGUGAGCUUCUUGCGGUUGUGACUACGGAUGGAAACCUCAUGAUGGCAAAUCUCAAGGAUCGUGCUUUCAAGUCAGGUCCCAAUGGUCAAAUUCUCAGAAGUGGUGUCAGCUGUGUAUCAUGGUCCACUAAAGGAAAACAAUUGGUUGCUGGGCUCGGCGAUGGUAGUGCUGUUCAGAUGACACCAGAAGGGGAAAUCAAAGCAGAAAUCCCAAAGCCGCCUGGACUAAUUGGCGGCGAUCAUGUAUCAUCUAUCACGUGGCUUGAAAAUAACGUAUUUCUACUUGUGCAUACACCAUCCAACUUCGAUUCUGGAUUUGCUCCUAUUUCUAGUUUCUAUCUGGCUACUAGGCAACAACCCGCGGUUUUCAUGUUCCAAAAACUCACUGAUCCCGCUCCGCCCUUUGGUCUCAAUCGUUCACCACCGCAUCAGUUCCUGCUCCGUCUGAAAGAUUUUCCCCCAAAUAUACAGGAUUUGCUCGUCGUAGGCUCCACAGCAUCCACGGACAUCAACCUCUUUACUCGCUCGAGUGUACCGCUAACAACCGACAAACCCUCGGACAGGAUAACAGGGGUAUUCACGAUGACGGAAAUGGCCGAUGAUUCUUUUAGAGCCCAACUUCCUGCAACAUCGAACGGAGGGUAUGGGGACACAUCUCCCAUUGGUUUUGCGCUUGAUCUAUCAAGUACUACCAAGGUCUGGAAACCUAUUCCCGGGGAUGAUGAGAUUGACGAGUCAUCUCACCCCGUGCCUGCUCUUAUGGUUUUGAACAACGAAGGUGUCUUGGCUUCAUGGUGGAUCAUCUAUAACGACUCAGUUCGACAAAAAAGUAUAUAUCCCGGACUCGUUGCGGCCGAGGGAGUAGCACCUCCACAGCAGGCUACUACCGUCGCACCUGCUUUUGGAAAUGUGUCAAGUCAGCCGUUCGGAAGUCAAGCUCCUACGAAUUUGGCUUUCGGAGCGGCAAUGGCGAAACCGGCAAUCAGUUCUGGAACAGGCGCCUUUGGAUCGCCCGCUACUAUCGGUAAGACUCAAUCGUCGUGGGGUGCCCAGAGUGGUCAAGCAUUUGGAACACCAAGUUUUGGUACCCCGACAGCCGCCGCUCCUGCGGGACAAGCGGGUCCAGCUUUUGGCGCGUCAGCCUUCGGUACACCAAGCGCUCCAGCAUUUGGGCAAUCAGGCCUGCCAGGACGGCAAUCAGUAUGGGGCUCUGCGAAUACGACCGCAGCCAGUACAGGUACAGCAUUUGGCCAGUCAAGUGCUUUGGGUGUAUCCCAACCUGUCUUCGGCUCAAGUGCUUCUGCUGGAAAUAAACCUCAAGCAUCUGGAGGAUUCGCCACAUUUGCAAAUCAAGGCGGUUUCGCAGCGGCAGCUGCCCCAUCCACAGGCGGAAGCAUAUUCGGUUCCAAACCUGCCGCAAUCCCUGCUCCAGGAGGUGGUGUUUUUGGUUCCAAUAACAAUGUUUCGAAUACGAGUGGCGGAUUAUUUGGUUCUGACAACGCUGGUAAUAUUGCGCAGACUGGCAGUCUUUUCGGAAGUGCUAAUAAAGCCGAGCAAAGGCCUUCUUCCAGUCCUUUCGGGGGAGACAAAUUUGUCAUUGGAUCCACAUUCAAGGCGGAUACUUCUAAAGAAAACCAGCCAGAUAAUACGACUGCAACAAAGAGUUCCUUCUUCGGUGGUGGAGGAUUUGGGGACGCUCUGAAGGAAGCAGGAAAGGCUCCCACUGUGCAAGCACCUGUUUCGAAAGAAGCAGAUAUGGAUGCCGAAGAUGCUCCGGAAGUAGAGGAACAGGCGAAGAAGCCUGAAUCUGCAACCCCUAGUUCAACUCCUGCCCCAGUAAAGUCAUCAUUCUUUAAUACAGCAGCGCCCACUGGUGGUGGACUUUUUGGCUCUGCUUCUGGCUCCAGUAGCUCCUCAAAACUAAACCCCUUCGGAAGCACUGAAGCGAAGUCGGCUUCAAAUCCUUUUGCGGCCCCUGCUAAACCCGCCCCAAAUCCAUUCGCAGCAGCUAUGUCUGCUAAACUAACCCCGGCUCCAUCUCCAUCGUCAGUGCAGAUCAAACAGGAACCAAGCGACAAAAGGCUUGAAGCUCCCUUGCCCCCAGACCCUACAAGUAAAUCUAGCUAUACCGCUAGCGAAACAUCUGCCUCUGAUAAUGAUGCACCAUUACCUCCAGAUUUCGCACCUAAACCUAAGUCUGUUCCUAGAGAUUUGUCUGCGUCCAGAAAAGAGAACGACGCCCCUUUACCACCAGACUUUGUCCUAAAGCCUAAACCCACUCAAACUCAAAUACCGCCUCCAAUCAAAAGAGACACUCAAACGCCCUCACCCGAAUCACCGAAAGAUGAUAUCCCUGGAGGUCCGGAUGAUGAAGGCGAUGAUUCCGACUUCCUCACAGAGGAUGAAGAUGAUGAUCAGAGCAAAGAACCGAGUGAGGAGGGAAGCGGGGAAGACCUCGGAAAACUGGAUAGCCCAACAUCUGAGAAUCAUGCCACCCCAGGUUUAACGCCUCAGAGUUCUUUCGGAGGGAACCAGAAUACCAAAGCAAAUGUCAUUCCUUCCAUGAAGGUACAAAAGUCGUCCUCGUUUGGACAAUCGAAGGGACUUUUCGGGGAGUUUAGUACUGCACCCAAACUUCCACCGCCAACCGCCCCCUUAAUGCCUACAUCGCCUCGAUCACCCAGUCCUGUAAGAUCGGCCAUCCCGCCCAGAAUGAUGCGUCCCGAUGCGUCGAGGUCUGUUAGUGCGCCAGGUGUUGCAACACAAUUAUUAAAUGCUCAAGAUUUACCGGGAAGGACAAUUGCACCUGUGCAAAGCACAUUUGUGACAUCUGUCGAACAAGAAAAAGCACAGGAAAAGCGUCGUGUCGAGGCUAGAGCAAGGAAAGAAGCGGAAGAGACCAGAACGCUUGUCGAUGAUGAAGAUGAUAAGAUGCAGAGAUAUCUCACAGAAGAUAUUGAAGCCACGAGAACGCUGGAUGAAUUCGUUGCUUACUCGGAUGUUAAAUCAUCCGAGUCGGGCGAUAACAUUCCGGCUCAGGUAGAAAUUUUGUACCGUGAUAUAAACUCUAUGAUGGAUACUCUUGGUGUCAAUGCAAAGGCCUUGAAAUCCUUCAUCAAGGGGCACACCGAGCAAUACAAGAAAUACAGGGACAGAGAAGAUCUCGAAGAGGAUGAGAGCUGGUGCCUAGAUGAGAUAAAAAUGCUUUCUUAUAUUGUCGAAGGGAAAGUAGGAUCCUCACUCGAAUGGGGCAGAAUUCAAGAUGUAGAUGAUAAAAUCGAAACUUGCAAAAGCCUUGGCAAGGAGACUGUCAAGCUGAGACAAAGGUUUGAAGAAGUUAAAAAAACGGUGCAGUCACACACACACCCUGAUCAAAUAGCGAUAGCUCGAGCACAACCACUGAAUGCCGAGCAAGCCGCCCAGCAACAUGAUCUACGUCGCGACUAUCUUAAAUUCCAGAAACUGCUUUCGGAAGCCGAAGAAGGCCUCACUGUUCUCCGGGCUAAGAUUGUGUCGCAAAGCUCAAACGGCAACUCAAAAACUGUAGCUCCUACCGUCGAAGCUAUCAUGCGUACAAUCACCAAGAUGACCAAUAUGGCCGAAAAACGCAGCGGCGACGUCGAUGUCCUCGAAAACCAAAUGCGCAAAUUGAGAUUCAGUACUACGAGCCGAGAAAGUUCACCAGCACUGAGAACACCACAGAGAAAUACGAACAAUAGAUCAAGUAUGAGGGCCAACACACCUGGUACUUCGAGCACGAACAGAUUGUUUUAUACCCCGGAUAGUCAAUUCAAGGGAUCGACGUCUAGGAGAUUGAGUGGUUCAACCUUUAUGAUGAGUGGGUCGGGUUCUCUAUACGGAAGCCCAAGUCCUCGCAAAAAGAUCAGCGGAUAUAGCACUGAGGAAAAAUCGGAUUUAAGUGAGGCGGCGAGGAGGAAGAGAGAGGUGAGGGACAAAUUGAGGAGAGCUGUUGCGGAGGCGGGAGUGAAGAUUAGACCUGUUCAAGAUGAUAAUUGA